UUGUUAAACAGCAAACGCGUAGUUUUUCUUAAAAGCUUAACAUUGUUUACCUGUCUGCAUAACAGAAAGACUGAGCAUUUUUAUAAUUUGAUAGUUGGAUUUCGUUUUAACUUGUUUCGAAAAUGGCGGAAGAACAAACGGAACAGACUGUAACACCAUGGGAAGUGUCUACAAAAUCUGACACUGGAAUUGACUAUGAUAAACUUAUCCGCUAUUUUGGCAGCACCAGGAUAGACGGUGCACUGCUCAAAAGAAUUGAAAAGGCAACAGGAAAACCUGUGCACCAUCUUCUGAAAAGGGGAGUCUUCUUUUCAAUGAGGGACUUGGAGACCAUACUGACGCAUUAUGAGCAGAAAAAGCCGUUUUUCCUGUACACAGGCCAGAGACCGUCUUCUGAAGUAUUUCAUCUGGGACAGAUUUUACACUUUAUUUUCACGAAGUGGCUACAAGACACAUUUGAUGUGCCACUUGUCAUACAAUUGUCAGACUAUGAAACUUUUCUUGUGAAAGAUAAUAUGCCACUAGAAGAGGCCAACAGACUGGCACAUGAGAAUGCUAAAGACAUCAUUGCCUUUGGUUUUGACGUCAAAAAAACUUUCAUCUUUAGUGAUUUAGAGUAUAUAAGGGUAUCCCUGUUAUGUCUGAUUCUGCAAGGAAUCCAUUUGUGGCCCCCAAGCCCUUAUGACCCACUUUAUAGAACAGGGCUGGUGGAGUGUAGUGAGAAUGCUGUUAAUGGUUACCAAGGUCACUGUCAGAAGUCACAGGAGAAACAGCAAAUCAGCGAGGAGGAUCGACAUCACACGGCUAGGAGGAUCAAUCGUUUACGAGGAGUAUCUCCUCUAGACAAGACUCUAUUGAAUGCAGUUCAUCAAUCCAAGGUGGACCUAGCUGGAAAAGACAUGAAAAGACAUGAAAAUUCAGCAGCCGGUACCGGUUUUCCUGCGUACCCUGUGUGUACCGUGAGGCAAUAUAUGGUAACAACAGGAAUGGAAGGUAUCAACCUGGGUCCAGAGAUAACCGAUGAAAAUGUUAAAUAG